AUGGUACAAUCAGUAAAAGGAUCGCUCUCAUGGGACAACCUUGGAUACGAUCUCCACCCAUGGCUCAAAGAUGCAAUCAAGUCACUAGGCUUUGCAACCAUGACUCCAGUACAAGCUUCAACCAUUCCGUUAUUUAGUGCCAAUAAGGAUGUUGUAGUGGAAGCAGUCACAGGAUCUGGAAAGACUCUUGCCUUUGUUAUACCCGUACUCCAAAAGCUCUCGCAGAGGUUGUAUGAGCUUGAUGACGAAGGAAAACUCCCAAGUAACGCCCAACUAGGCAGAGGUAAAAUGUUUGGAGUAAUAAUAUCGCCAACUAGAGAAUUAGCCAGUCAAAUACAAUCAGUAUUCGAGUCAGUGAUACAGUACCUUCCAGAUACUUUGAGUCCGAUCAAGACUCAGUUACUCAUUGGUUCCUUAUCUACCGUAAGAGAAGAUGUAGAGCACUUUCUUACUAGGAAGCCGCAACUAUUAAUAGGAACUCCAGGUCGAGUCUUAGACUUCUUGGGCUCUGCCAAUGUGAAGACGAGCGACGUGGAAAUCGCAGUCCUAGAUGAAGCAGAUAAGUUGCUUGACAUUGGAUUUGAAAAGGAUGUAGUGAACAUCUUGAAUAAGCUUCCGAAGCAACGUAGAACUGGGUUAUUCUCAGCUACAAUCUCAUCUGCCGGUAACUCUAUUUUCAGAACGGGUAUGGCAAAUCCAGUGAAAGUUGUUGUUAAGUCGAAAAACAGUGGUAAGCAAAAUAAUGUCAACUCUCCAGCAUCUCUUUACAUUAGUUACAUGACAGUGUUACCGGAAUAUAAACUUGUCACAAUGUUGAAACUACUCACCAACUACCAGUACAAAAAAGCUAUAGUUUACUUCCCUACAUGUGCUUCAGUAAAGCACUUCUACAAUGUUUUGCAUUAUUAUAGACAGCCUAACCUAAAAUUUCAUUCUUUGCAUGGACAGUUGACUGCCAAACCUAGAUUAAAGACCUUAAAGACGUUUGCAGAUGGUGAUACUUUUGAAGAUAAACAUAUCCUAAUGACAACUGAUGUAGCAGCAAGAGGUAUUGAUAUUCCAGACGUUGAUUUGGUGAUCCAGAUAGAUCCCCCAACCGAUCCUGAUGUGUUCUUACAUAGGUGUGGAAGAACUGGAAGAGCUAAUAAAGUUGGACAAGCCAUAGUUAUGUUGAACCAAGACUCCAGAGAAGAAGCAUAUGUUGACUUCAUGGAAGUCAAGGGUGUGUUAAUGAAAGUAAUGGAUCCCCCUGAAAUAUCGACAGAGGGCAAAGACUUGGAGUUAGUAACCACUAUCCGGAAAUUUAUGUUAGAAGAUCGUGCAAGACAUGAGACUGCCAUUAAAGCAUAUGUGGGCUUUGUUAAAUAUUACUCUAAGCAUAUGGCAUCUUCGAUCUUCAGAAUGUCUACUUUGGAUUAUAUUGGCAUUGCAAAGAUGUACGGUUUGUUGAGACUUCCUAAAAUGCCUGAGACAAGAUACAUUGCCAACGAAAAGAUGCCUGAAGAUGGGUGGCUCGGAGAAGUCAUCGAAAUGGAUACAUAUGCCUAUGCUGAUGAGAACAAGGAGAAGUCAAGAGUAGAAAACUUAGAAGAAGAUAAAAUGAAGAAAAUUGAAGAUGCUAAGAAGAGAAAGGAAUUUAAGAAAAGGAAUGAAGCUUGGUCUAGUAAAAGUGAACAUAAAGAAGUUAAAUCCGUGAGGAGGGAUAAAAUGAAGAGGAAAAGAGAAGCUAUCGAGAAGCAAUUGAUGGAAGAAUCCAGUGACAAUGAAGAAGAAACCCAAGAUGAUUGGAAAGAAGUUGUGAGGAACAAUAAGAAGAAAAGAGCAAACCAAUCAAAUAUGCAAGGUUCAUUUGAUGAUUUAUGA